CACUUGAACGCAGCAAGCGACGGGUUCCGCCCUGCUCGUUUUUUUUUGCACCGCCUGGCGUCCGAUUCGGUUCCGAACUGCCUGUAUUUUUGAUGCUGGUUGGAAUCCUAUAAUUUUUUCAAUAAACCAAACUCUUUUUCCUCUGGACUCCUUCCUGAGUUGGACUUUGUGUCUGGCCAAGAUGGCAGCGAACCGGGUCGGGCGCCGGGUGAAUAAGGUCUGUGGGAACCAGUCACCAGGUCGAAGUCCGGGCUCGAGUCUGCAGCGGCGUCAGGCCCGGGUCACUGUCAAGUACAACCGGCGAGAGCUGCAGCGAAGGCUGGAUACAGAGAAGUGGAUCGACUGUGAACUGGACCAGCUGUACCAGAACCAGGAGCAGGAGAUGCCGGACGAGGUGAACAUCGAUGAGCUGUUGGACCUGAAGACAGACGAGGAGAGGACGCACAAACUGAAGGAGAUUCUCUGCCUGUGUAACAGCAACACUGAGGCGUUCGUCAGCGAGUUGCUGGUGAAGCUGCAGGGUCUGCAGAAGCAGGUGGACCUGCACAACGACGGCAUCGACCUGCCCCAGCUCCACAUCUGCCCCACCCGGGCCCGACCCGCCGGCAGGGGGGCGCUGCCCUGAGGCGCCCCUUCCACAACCACGAACUCUGAGCUGGUUCCUCCUGCAGACGGGCCCAGCGGUUCCACUGCAGGCACUGAUCCGACGCCACCGGGAACUGAAGAGGAGGCCUCAUGCUGAAAAGAUGACGAUUUCAGAACUCGGUUCAGACGGGUCCAUUGUUGUUUUUUGUUUUUCAUCUUGUUCAGCGACCGCACAUAUUUGUGCCACACUAUGAAACACUUCCACCUGUGUUCAACGUUUGGUUUGUAGUUGUAUGAAUUCAUGAACGGAUUUUAUCUAGUUAAAUUAAAGGCUCCUGGUCCGUCA